UGAUUGGCCUCCUGUGUCAAACAUUCAAACGUAUAAAAGUUUUAAAAAUCUAGCUAAAGUCGCUGAUGCUGUAACGUACUUACAUUGUUAAUUUAUAUUUGUAUUGUUUGACACCAUUCGAUUGGUCCUGGUGUUAUAGUCGCGCAAUACGAAGUAAUACGCGUAUUUCAAACAAGUUUGGAUAUCUGUUUCUGCAUAAAAUUAUGUCAGAUCCCAAAAUAUUAAUUAUUGGAGCUGGAGCAUCUGGAUUAGCAGCUGCAUGCCGGCUGCUUCAGAAAGGUUUAAGAAAUGUGAUGAUUCUUGAAGCCAAAGACCGAAUUGGUGGCAGAAUUCAUACUGUCAAUUUUGCUGAUAAUGUCGUAGAUUUAGGCGCUCAGUGGGUACACGGGGAAGAGGGCAAUGUUGUUUUUGAACUUGCAAAUCCACACAAUUUACUAGAUGAUUCAGAUUGUGAUGAAAAUGGUUUAUUUAAGAAUUUAUUUGCGAAUGCACAGGGAAAUAUAAUUCCUCCAGAACAAGGUGCACAGGCAAUGAAUAUUUAUUAUAAGAUUAGCGGAAGUGAUACAGACGAACUAAAAGAAUGGAACGGAUCUUAUGGUGAUUUUGUCAAGAACAAAUUCUAUAAACAGUAUCAAGAAAAUCGUUUUGCAAGUAGUGAAAGAGCAUCACAAUUUUUAGAAUGGAUAGAAAAAUAUGACAAUCACAUGCAAUGUAGUGAUUCGUGGUUUGACGUCUCUGCUAAAAGAAUGGUUGAUUUUCGAAAUUGUAAAGGUAAUCCCGCUUGGAAUUGGAAGACCAAGGGAUUCAAGACAAUAUUAGAUGUGCUGAUGAAAAGUUAUCCCUCUGAUGAAAAGAAGCUGCCUGUGAUGGAUAGAAUAAUUUUUAAUAAAGAGGUAUCAAAUAUCAAUUAUAGCUCAAACGACGAGAUUGUAGUUACAACUAGUGAUGGAUCGAGUUUCAAUGUAACCCAUGUAAUAUUUACACCAUCGUUAGGUGUUUUGAAAAAUGAGUACAGAAGUCUUUUUACUCCUUCUUUAUUGGAAGUGAAAGAACGUGCAAUAGAGGGAUUCAGUAUUGGGGUUGUAAACAAAUUUUUUCUUAAUUUCCCUUACCGAUGGUGGCCAGAAAAAACAAAUGGCUUGUCGUUUCUUUGGUCAAAGGAAGACAAAGACGCGUUUCUUUCCGAAUACGGAGAAGACUAUUUGUGGUUGUCCGAUGUCUUUAUAUUUUUUGUAGUCGAAAGUCACCAAAGUGUUCUCUGUGGUUGGACAUUUGGAGAAUCUGCUAGGUUUACGGAGACUUUAACGGAUGCUGAAGUUUCAAAAGGACUAUACACUUUGCUACAAAAGUUUUAUGGAAAGACUUAUGAUAUACCAAAGCCUGCAAACUUGAUUCGUUCCAAAUGGUAUACGGAUAAGCAUAUUUGCGGAGGUUAUUCCUUUAGGAGUAUGAAAACUGAGAAAAUGGACGUUAAAUCUGAUGACUUGGCCGAUCCCAUAACUACGGAUAUUUGCAAGCCAGUCAUUCUCUUUGCUGGCGAAGCGACUCACGAGUACUUCUAUUCAACUGUUCACGGUGCCAUUGAAAGCGGUUUCCGUGAAGCUGAACGCUUACUCGAUUACUAUAGGACCUUAAAGUCUCAGCUGUAACAGCAUCCGCGUGGACAUCCUUUGAGUAAAACGAAAUCAGACAGAGUGCACGCUCUUCUGUAUUAUUACAGCUGCAUUGACAGUUAAUAUUCAAUAAUUACUUUCAAUGCAAUAGUCUACCAGACUAAUUAAACAGAUAUUGAAUAAACAUAUUUUUGAUGGGACAUU